AUGCGGCUUGACAUCAAGAGACAACUCUUUGCCCGCUCCGAGCGGGUGAAGGGUAUUGAUUUCCACCCCACAGAGCCCUGGAUUUUGACUACACUGUACAGCGGUCACGUCUACAUUUGGUCAUACGAGACACAGUCCAUUAUCAAAACCUUCGAGAUCACCGAUGUCCCCGUUCGUGCUGGUCGAUUCAUUGCGCGCAAGAACUGGAUUGUCUGCGGCUCGGAUGAUUUCCAGCUUCGUGUCUACAACUACAACACCUCCGAGAAAAUCACCUCCUUCGAAGCGCACCCCGAUUAUAUUCGUUCUAUUGUCGUCCACCCAACCCUUCCUUAUAUUCUUACCGCCAGUGAUGACAUGACCAUUAAGUUGUGGGAUUGGGACAAGAGCUGGAAAUGUGUCCAGGUCUUCGAGGGUCACAGCCACUACGUGAUGGGAAUGUCGAUUAACCCCAAGGACACCAAUACUUUUGCUUCCGCUUGUUUGGAUAGAACAGUCAAGAUCUGGAAUCUCGGCUCCCCACACCCCAAUUCGACUCUGGAGGCCCACGAAACUAAGGGUGUCAACCAUGUCGACUACUAUCCUGGCGCGGAUAAGCCAUACCUCCUGACUACUAGUGACGACAAGACCAUCAAGGUCUGGGAUUACACAACCAAAGCUCUUGUCGCUACAUUGGAGGGCCACACAAGCAAUGUUUCUUUUGCUUGUUACCACCCUGAAUUGCCUGUGAUUAUUUCAGGUUCUGAGGAUGGAACAAUUAAGAUCUGGCACGCAAACACCUACCGCCUCGAACAAUCACUAAGCUAUGGUUUGGAGCGAGCAUGGUGUGUAGCCUACCAAAGGGGCCAACAGGGCGUUGCCAUGGGUUUCGACGAUGGUGCGGUCGUCGUCAAAAUGGGUCGCGAGGAGCCUGCUAUUUCAAUGGACGGAUCUGGAAAGCUUAUCUGGGCAAAGAACAGCGAGGUUGUGUCGUCACUCAUCAAAGGUGGCGAUGAGACAGUCAAGGACGGCGAACCCCUCAUUUUGGCGACAAAGGACUUGGGAACAUGUGAGGUAUACCCCCAGACUCUGACUCACUCUCCCAAUGGACGUUUUGUCUCCAUCUGCGGUGACGGGGAGUGGAUUGUAUACACAUCGUUAGCGUUCCGAAACCGCCUGUUCGGUCAAGGUCUGGACUUCGCCUGGGGUUCCAAAGACAACAGCAAUGACUUCGCUAUCCGCGAAUCUGCAACCAGUGUCAAGAUUUACAAGAACUUCAAGGAACAAAGUGGUGGUCUAGAUGUCGGGUUCCAAGCAGAGGGCCUGAGCUCCGGUGUUCUUCUCGGUGUUAAGGGUCAAGGCGGUAUUGGUUUCUUCGAUUGGGAGUCUGGUAGCUUGGUUCGCCGAAUUGAGGUUGACCCAAAGAGCGUCCACUGGUCUGAAUCUGGUGAGCUUGUUACAUUGGCCUGCGAGGAUGCUUUCUACGUCUUGAGAUACUCGAAGGACGCCUUCCGCGAGGGCAUGGACAACGGAGAAGCCGAUGAAGAUGGAGUCGAAGCAGCCGUUGAACUCGUCGCUUCUAUCAACGAAACCGUUGUCAGCGCCACCUGGGUUGGAGAUAUCUUCAACUACGUCAACUCCGCCAACCGCAUGAACUACCUGGUGGGUGACCAAACCUACUCAAUCUCCCACUUCGACCAGCCAGCAUACAUCCUGGGCUACCUGCCCCGCGAUGGUAGAAUCUAUCUCGUCGACAAAUCCCUCAGCGUUACUUCUUUCGGUCUCUCUCUCAGCAUGGUUGAGUACCAAACCGUCGUUCUGCGCGGAGACAUGGAAGCCGCCGCGGACCUUCUCCAAGAUGUUCCCCAAGACCAAAUGAACAAGGUCGCUCGCUUCCUCGAGGGCCAAGGAUACAAGGAGAUGGCCCUUGAAGUUGCCACAGAUCCAGAGCACCGCUUCGACUUGGCUCUAUCCCUGAACGAUCUCACAACAGCUCUUGAGAUCAUCCGCGAGGCCAAGGUAGAGAACACCCACAAGUACAAGAGCUUAGGUGACGCCGCCCUGGCCGCCUGGAACCUUUCUCUCGCCGAAGAAUGCUUCACGCAAGCUAAGGACGUAGGCUCUCUUCUCCUCCUGCACACCGCCAGUAACAACCGCCCCGGUCUCCGCGCCCUGGUUACCCAGGCUUCGGAAUCUGGCCUGCACAACGUUGCUUUCUCCACGCUCUGGUCUCUCGGUGACAUCGAUAGCUGUAUCGAUUUACUUGUUCAGACCAACCGAGUCGCCGAGGCUGUUCUCUUCGCCCAAACGUACAAGCCCAGCAGUGCCCCGGCACUCGUUGUUAAGUGGAAGGAGUCUCUCGAGAGCACAGGAAAGUCCAAGGUUGCUCGUUUGAUUGGUGUUCCACCCGGUGCUCCCGAUAUCAUCUCAACUGAUGAUGACCUGUUCCCAGAGUGGGAUGAGUACAUCCGCAUGGAGAAAGAGGGUGUUGUUCCUGAGCCCCCGUCAUCCGAGUCUUUGAUUGAUAUCAAUGCGGAUGAUGACAAGGAGCCUGAGAGCGCAGCGAAUGGUGAACCUGAGGUAGAGGCUGAUACCGCUGAGGCGGAGGAGGCUGAAGCCGAAGUUGACGAUGAUGAAGAGUAA